UUUUCAAGCAUGGAAGCCAACGAGCGAGUGGUCAAGCCAUUCAACAACCUGAAUGAACUGUACAGUGAGAUUGAUUCGCUGGUUUGUUGGCCAGGAAUUUUAGAGCUGCGAAAGUCCACUGACUAUGUUCAUAGAGGUACAGAUGUUGAUACUCAGGUUGAUAGGCCUGAGAGACUUCGAAGGGAUGAUGUGCCCAAGACCAUCGUAUGCCAUGACAUGAUGGGUGGCUAUCUGGAGGACAAAUUUAUUGAUGGGUCUAAUGAGCACAAUUCUUACCACUUCUACCACUGGAAUGUUAUCGACACAUUCAUAUACUUUAGCCAUCAUUUUGUCACCAUUCCACCAUUUGGUUGGAUCAAUGCAGCCCACAAGCAUGGAGUGAAAGUUCUUGGCACCUUGAUUACUGAAAGUAGUGAAGGUUGCUUGCUAUGGGAUGAGAUUUUGAAAACAAGAGACAGCAUAAUCAGAUUUGCAGAUGCCUUGAUACAGCUUGCCUCGUUCUACAAGUUCGAAGGUUGGCUGUUGAAUGUUGAGAAUCAGAUUAAGCAGAAUGAUGUUACAAAGCUAACAUUUUUUGUGCAGUAUUUGACUGAAACCAUACACAUGAAAGUACCUGGGUCAGAAGUGAUCUGGUACGAUAGUGUUAUAAAUACUGGAGCACUGAGUUGGCAAAAUGAAUUGAACAAAAGUAAUGAAUGCUUCUUUGACAGAUGUGAUGGAAUAUUCCUAAACUACACAUGGACUGACGCAGGCUUGAUAAAAAGUGCUGCAGGUGCAAGCAAACGUAACAGGAUGAGGGACAUCUACGUUGGCUUGGAUGUUUGGGGAAGAGGAUGUCCUGGUGGAGGUGGUUUCAACUCUGCUCAUGCACUGCAGAGAAUAAGAAACCAGGGACUUUCCGUUGCCAUAUUUGCUCCAGCUUGGACGUUUGAGUACUUUGGCCCUGAAACUUUUCCGAAAUUAGAGAACAUUUUUUGGGCUCAGCUUCUGCCGUUUCUCUAUGUACAUGUACCUGUUUACCAAGACGAACGGUUCAUAACAACUUUUUGCAGAGGAGCUGGAACAAAGUAUUACGAAUAUGGAACUCAAAUCACUUACCAGGAUCCGGAGACUCACGAAACAAUAGCAAGCAAUAGUUCUUUUUACAACAUGUCAAUGCAAAAGCAUCAAACAGUUGCAGCCUGUUUACAUUUGAUGUUCACUUCAACGAAGAUUUCCCCACCAAUCACAAAUAACGAUAAAACUCAGCCGAAACCACAGGAAUGCGUUUUUGAAACUGAGCACGAAGUCGUUAAGACUCUAGGCAAUCGAGUUACGCUUGAGGAUAAAACUGACUCAUACAAUGGGAAAAAUUGUAUUCAGUUUUCUUACGAUUUGUCCUACGAAGGUGGCGGUUGCUUGAAGCUCAUCAAUAAUGACAUAAAAUCUUAUCACAGGCUAUUGUUUGUUAGCAUAGAACUGCCAAGAGAAAUACAAGCUCGCAUAAUUUAUCGAAGUAGCAAUAAAGAGCAGUUGGAGUCAAGUUUCAAAAAUGACGUAGUACUCAUACUUGGAAACAGUAAUGGGAUCACAUCGUUUUUACCGAGGGACACUAUGCCUUACGGGGACAACUGGAAAAUGAGUGUGUUUCAAACGAAUAUGAGAGCAGCUCAGGAGGUCGGCGUUGCGGUGACCAGCAUGGAAAGCUGCUACAUCGGCAAGAUUGUGCUGGAGGAAAGUAGACGUCCUUACCACCUGUAA